AUGAACCCCGGACCCCAGGAAUUGGCGAGACAGAACCAAAUCACCACGCGAAUACUAGAAGCGUACAUUCAGAAAAAGCUGGGUUUAGCGAGAAAUAUUAACCCUGUAGUAAGACCACCUUCCAUUUUGGACAUAUUGCCUGCUAAGAAGCAAAAAGAGGAGAGACCUAUUAGACAACUGUCAUUUCAAGAAGAAGAAGAAGACGAAGGGAAAGAAGAAGAUUUACCAGGCGUGGAAGAGGAGGAGAAUACAGACCUGUAUCCAGGGGAAGAAGACGGCUUGCAGAGUGUGGAAAGCGAACAAAUUGACUCUAUUUAUUCAGAAGGCAUG